AAAAAUCAGUUUACAACGGAAAGCACAAAGCGACGGUCGUGAGAACCGAGCAAAGCUAUUCACGUGAAAUUACAAAAAAAAAAAAAAAUAUAUAUAUAUAUAUAUAUAAAGAAAAUUUAACGCAAAAUUUGCGUUUGAAUAAGAAAAGUUUUUGAAAUUUCUGUGCGUGUGCGCGUAUGUGUGAGUACUACAUCAAAUUCCAAGAGUUGUCAGUAAGUUGGUCAACAAGGAUAAUAAAACGGCGCGCUGUCAACUUGUGUCCUGUGUGAAAAAAUCCGCCCCUAAACGGAACAUCUAAAAAGAAGCUAAGCCAACCCAAAGUUUGAAAACGGCUCAUUGGAACGGCAACAAUCAGAGUUAACUCCCAGCGUUGAUGGCUGCCACGAAAAUCAUUGAUGCACCGCGUAACGGUCACGAAAUGGCGCCCCUGAACACAAGAGCACGGGGCGACGGCACCCACGGGGUGACCAUUGUCCUAACCGCACCGCAACGUAAUUCGGUGCAAUCGGUGGAUAUACCAGGGGAACCGGAUCGCGCCGCCUGGAGCGGCAAGAUGCAGUUCUUUCUCAGCAUUAUUGGCUAUUCGGUGGGGCUGGGCAACAUCUGGCGUUUUCCGUAUCUGUGCCAACAGAAUGGUGGCGGUGCAUUUCUGAUACCCUUUAUGAUCAUGCUGAUAUUGGAGGGCAUACCCUUGUUUCUCAUCGAGCUGGGCAUUGGCCAGCGCAUGCGUUUAGGCGCUCUGGGCGUGUGGAAUACCAUACAUCCCUGGCUGGGCGGCAUUGGCAUCUCCUCGUGCAUUGUCACGCUCUUCGUGGCGCUCUACUAUAACGUGAUUAUCACGUGGGUUUUCUACUAUCUGUUUAAUAGUUUUCGGUACCCGCUGCCCUGGUCCACCUGUCCACUUAAUGGUAGCGGCUUUGAGCUGGAGGAGUGUGCCAAGUCAUCGGAGACUACAUAUUUUUGGUACCGCACCACCUUGGAUGCGGCGCCCUCGAUGGAUGAGCCCGGUGGCCUCAAAUGGUGGAUUGUAUUGUGCCUGCUGCUCUCCUGGACCAUUGUCUUUUUCAUUGUCAUGAAGGGCAUACAGAGCUCCGGCAAGGUGGUCUACUUCACCUCGCUCUUUCCCUACAUUGUGCUCACCAUAUUCUUCGUGCGGGGCAUAACGCUGCGCGGCGCCGGCGCCGGUCUGAUGCACAUGUACACGCCCAAGGUGGAAAAGCUGCUGGAGCCGACAGUUUGGCUGGAUGCGGCCACACAGGUCUUUUACUCAUUUGGCCUGGCCUUUGGAUCGCUGAUUGCCUUUGGCAGCUAUAAUACGCCCAAGAAUAACUGCGUUCGGGAUGUGCUGCUGGUAUCUGUUUGUAAUGCAGUCACCGCCAUUUAUGCGAGUGUCGUCAUCUUUGCCAUACUUGGCUUCAAGGCCACUGUCAAUGUGGAUCGCUGUGUGGCCGGCAAUACGGAUAUAUUGGUCAAGCAUGCGCUGCUGCCCUUCAAGAAUGCCAGUAGCGAGGAUUACGAAACGGCCAUACAUAAGAUAAAUGCAACCGAAUUCAGCUUAUUGCAUCUCAGUGAGUGCAGCCUUUCCAAGGAACUAGACAAUGCCGCUGAAGGCACCGGCUUGGCAUUCAUUGUCUUUACCCAGGCCAUAGUCGAGCUGCCCGGCGCACCGUUCUGGGCGGUGUUGUUCUUUACCAUGUUACUGUCGCUCGGCUUGGGCUCACAGAUCGGCAUUCUUGAGGGGAUGCUGUGCACGUUGUUCGACAUUGACAUCAUCAAGCGGGUUAAGAAACAACAUGUCACUGGUGUGGUAUGUCUAUUCUGCUUUAUUGUCGGUUUCAUCUUCUGCACAGGUGCCGGCGAAUAUUGGCUCAAGAUGUUUGAUUCAUUUGCCGGUACAAUUGGUUUGGUUGUAGUUGCCCUAAUGGAAAUGAUUGCUGUUAUAUUUAUCUACGGACAUGAACGCUUCACUGAGGACAUCUAUCAAAUGACGGGCUACAGACCCGGCUUGUAUUGGCAGUGGACCUGGCGCUAUAUUGGCCCAGUUAUCAUGGUGUGCAUAUUGGUCUCCUCCAUAGUCUUUAUGGUCAUACGUAACCCUACAUAUGGCGCUUGGAAUGCCGAUCUGGGCGUUGUUGAACAAAAGAAUUAUCCCAGUUGGGUUAUGGGCGUUGCUCUGGCAAUGAUCCUGGCUGGUGUGCUGCCUAUGCCUAUUGUGUUCCUCAUGCGCAGCUUCCAGUGCCUCAAGGUGGAUCUGGAUAUACACCAAGGCUCCAUAAGGCGAAAUGAAACGACUGCCUCAACCAAGGAAAUGAUUGAUAAUGAUGAUGAUAAUUUGAGUCCGGAUAUGCCACCGCAAGAUUUAUUAGCGGCCACACGCUUCACAAUUGGAGACUUUGAAAACUAGACAUAAAAGAACUAAACAUGUUUAAAAAAAAGAAUACCUAACCUAACCCUUUAACUAACUCAAAAAGUAGUCUCCCGAAAAAUAAAAUCCGUUCAACGCCUGUCACCCACGCUGUAAGGAUAAAUUUCACGCGCCGUCUGCCUGACUAGAAAAAACCCUAAACAAAAAUCUCACCCAUACGUUACGUAUCGAUUCGAACCGAUCCGCAUAAGCCAAUAAGUAAAAUAUUAAUAAUUUAAAAAAAACGCACAGCAAAUACUCAACUAUAGCAAAAAAAAACAAUCGCAAUGCCAUUUAAAUGUAAUAGAGUUCGAUAAACGAUAAAGCGUUAAGCUUCGAUAAAACUAGAUAACUCGUCAGCGCCUUCUUUACAAAGAACAAGAAAAACUUAAACGUAAAACAGAAAAAAAAAGAAAUAAACAAAAAACGUUUACAAUUAUUUACCAGCAACUUAGUUUAGUGCAAUGUUUAUAAACGAAAUGAUAACCAAAAGUUUAGACAAGUAACAUUCACCUAGACAGCUCAAUAUUAGGCUAAGGUCGGCAACUGCAGCUCAAGGGGCUGCUAAGCGAAUAAAAGACUCUUUAAAUUGGCUAAUGAGACGGUUCAGUAAUGCAAA